AUUCCCGUCUAUAACAUUGAUGGUACGCUUAAUACGGGUGGCUGCAUUAUGCACAAAUGUUUUUUUGUUGUCAAGUACCAAGGACACAGAGAACGAGUUACUGCUGAAGCUACCCAACUAGGGAAGAUUAACUUAAUCUUAGGCUGGACCUGGCUAUUUAAACACAAUCCUAAGACUGACUGGCAGACAGGGGUUGUCACAUUG